AUGCAGCCUUCACUUGCCCGUCGAAUGACUUCACGAAGUCUUUGGCGUCAAAAGUCCUUAAUACCAUCACUAGUCACCCGAUCCGCUACAAGCCAAAACUACAUCUGCAAUGACUGUCUUCGCAAAUCCCGCCGCAUCGGAGCUCGACAUCUUCACCAAGGCGUCACAUCAACUCCAUCCAUAGACUCUCGAAUCCCUCCCACUGCAAUCCCGCCAGCCGUAAACUUUACUUCCACAGAACAACACGAUGACGCCCUCCUCCGUUCCAUCUUCGACAGUCCAGACGCCUACAAAUCCUUCUCUUCUAGAACUCCAAAGCCUCGUACUGGAUUAUUCCAAAACCGUUUCCUGACUACCCCAAAGGGAUUCAUCGUUUUUGCAAACUCAUGUCUUAAGAAGGCGAGAAGGGUGGUAGACCGUGUCUCCCGCGCUUCGUCCCAAGAAGACCACGUUCGUAUAAUCAAGGAUCUCGACCGUCUCAGCGAUCUAUUAUGUCGGGUUUUGGACCUCUCGGAUUUCAUCCGGAAUACCCACCCGGACCCCAAUUUCGUCUCAGCGGCAGAUAAGGCCUUUCAGAGUGUUUAUGAAUACAUGAAUAUUCUAAAUACAACAACAGAUCUUUAUACCUCACUAAAAGCCGCCAUGUUCAACCCUGUGGUAGUAGAGCAUUGGGAUGAAGUCUCGAGAUCCGUGGGGAGAACGUUACUAGCUGACUUUGAAAAAUCAGGUAUAAAUUUACCAGAUAAUUCGAAGAGAAGAUUUGUUUCGUUGUCGAAUGAUAUUUCUAGAUUGGGACGGGAUUUCGUCAAUGCUGCUUCAACGGCGAAUCCGUACAUUACGUUUACCAGGGAUAAAUUGAACGGAAUGCAACCUUGGACGAUAAACAGUCUUUCCAGGAUCACAAAUUCAGGAAUCGUAUACCUCCCCGUUCGAGGUCCCGUCGCUCAUCAUGCCCUACAAACCGUUAAAGACGAGGAAGUCCGCUACAAGAUCUGGAAAGAACAGCAAACGGCCCCGAAAGAGCAAAUAACAUUACUUGAGAACCUCCUCAAAAAACGAGCAGAACUAGCCCGUCUAGUCGGUCGAGAAUCCCAUUCCGCCGUCACCCUCGCCGACAAAAUGGCCCGUUCACCAGAAGCAGUCACCACCUUCCUCCACUCCAUGCUCUCCCAUACCCGUCCGCUAGCAGAUAAAGAAGUGUCGGCCAUAACCAACCAAAAGGCUAAACUCCACAAUCUGACAAACCCAACCGUCUACGCCUUCGAAAAGGAUUACUAUCUCCACCAAGUAAUUGAGCAACAAAAAAAUGUUCUAGGAGAUCCAGAUAUAUCAGCCUACUUCUCCCUCGGAACGGUAAUGCAAGGCCUCUCCCGUCUCUUCACCCGUCUCUACGGUAUCCGUCUCGUCCCCCGUGAAACCGCCCCUGGAGAAAUCUGGAACGAUGACGUAAGAAGACUAGACGUGAUCUCCGACACAGAAGGUCACAUCGCAGUAGUCUACUGCGACCUCUUCCAACGGGAAGGUAAAAACCCAAACCCAGCACACUUCACAGUCCGCUGUUCUCGCGCAAUAGAAGAAGAAGAAAUCAUAGAGGAAAGAUUAGAGGAAGGUGAAGGCGAUGGAAUGGCUACCGCUAGAAACAAAGAUGGAGUGUUAUAUCAACUACCCACUAUUGCUUUGAUAUGCGAUUUUAGUACCCCAGCGGGUAGUUCGACCCCCCUGUUGGGGUUCAAUGAAGUUACUACGUUGUUUCAUGAAAUGGGUCAUGCUAUCCAUUCAAUCGUGGGACGGACAAGAUUUCACGAGGUGGCUGGUACCAGGUGUCCUACCGACUUCGCAGAGUUCCCGAGUAUAUUAAUGGAACAUUUCGCUCGAUCACCAGAAGUCCUUUCCCUUUUCGCAAGGCAUUACAGAACCGACGCCCCGCUUCCGCAGGAACUUCUACAGAAGAGAGUUAAAAUCGGAAAACUCAUGGAAAACAGCGAAACAUACCAACAGGUGCUUCUCGCAUUACUAGAUCAAGAGUUACAUUCCCCUCAAGCCCUCGAGAAAUCUUUUGAUAGUACGCAAAUAUAUCGAAAUCUAGAUAGAUCUUAUGGAUUAUUCCCUCAUAGGGGAGGGGAGGAAGGUGGUAGUUGGCAGGGAUAUUUUACGCAUUUGUUUGGAUACGGUGGGUUGUAUUAUAGUUACAUGUUGGAUAAAGCUAUUGCGGAUAAGGUUUGGAAGGAGGUGUUUGUGAAAGAUCCGGUUUCUAGAGAUGCCGGGGAGAGGUAUAAGCAGGAGGUUUUGAGGUGGGGUGGAAGUAGAGAUCCUUGGAAGUGUAUUGGGAGAUUAUUGAAGAGGGAGGAUCUGGUAGAAGAUGCGCAGGGGAGGAUGGAGGAGGUUGGGAGAUGGGGCGCUGAAGUUGCGGCGGCGUAA